AAGUAGUACGCUGCGGUAGGAGGAGUUGUAUGGGUUGUGACGCCGUGGUGCUGAGUCUGAACAGCCACUGUCCACCUGCAGUAAGGCGAAAGACCGAGCGGGACAAUAUUCUCUGCGCAUCGCUCAGCGGAACCCUGCUACCGACUGCACAUCUCACAGGAAUUAUCUCCACGUUUGUGAAUAACAAACACCUGCCUCCUCUGCUGAUGGCAAAAAUGAAAACCGGCUGCGCGGUUCUUGUGGCGUGUGCCUUAGUUGUGUGCACAUCUUUGGGGAGUCACGGAAAUGCUCAGACCAUCGCUCCAUGCAGACCAGGUUUCUCCCAGAGCUCAUACACCGUAUUUGUCCCCAGGGGUGUGCUGCAGGGCCUGAACAUUCACAAAGAUACCCUGCUGUCAUCUGGCCAUGUGGAGUUCGAAACCUGUCCGCAAAUAGAGGAGGUUUCUUUUGAGAGCAGUGACCCAAAGUUCAGCGUUCGGCCGGAUGGCUCUCUGUACGCAGAGCAAGAUGUGAUGAAUCUAACCGAACCGAUUCAGUUCAUGGUGACGGCCAGAGACAGCGUGGGCAAGUAUAUCUGGGAGACCACUGUUAAACUGGCCCUCGCAGGACACCCGCUUUCUCCUCCUAUUAACCAGAUUGCUGGGGAUGGUAUCAAUGGCGAAUCCUCCCACAUCCACUAUCAAAAUCCCAGGGUCAUUACGUUUCCACGACAACACCAGCGAGGCUCGUCCAAUGGGUUGCGGCGACAGAAGCGAGACUGGGUCAUUCCACCAAUCAACGUGCCAGAGAACUCCAGAGGACCCUUCCCUCAAGUUCUUGUCAUGGUCAGUAAUGGUUACGGCUGA